GAUUACUUAUGAGUUGACGAUAGUCGUCUCGACGAAACGUUUCGUUUUGUGCAUUCAACGCAGAACCUGCUGCGUAAGAUUCGUAAAUCCUAUUGGUGUAUAAGCUCUUAAAUUUAACUAAGAUUAAAAGAAUAUACCAAUCAGAUAGAUUCAUUAAUUUUAUGAUAGUCUUAAAGUGAUUUUCAAAAGGUUGAGCUCAGAGCAAGGAUUUUGGCGCCGGAAACUAUAUUUUGAAGGAGAAAAAGAAUUAUUGAAAAAUGUCUGACAGCCGUUUGGACGUUGUAAUAUUUGGUGCCACUGGAUAUACUGGGAAGCUUGUAGUAAAAUAUGCAGUCGACUUUUGUAAAGAAUGGCAAUUGAAGUUUGGUAUUGCUGGUCGUAGGAAAGAAGCUUUGGAAAAUGUGCUUAAGGAAUUUGCUGCAGAUGCUGGGAACGUGCCCAUCAUUCUGGCUAAUGUUAAUGACGAGAAGUCUCUGGAGAAAAUGACGGAAUGUGCCAAGGUACUAAUCAAUUGUUGUGGACCUUUUAGAUUUUAUGGGGAACCGGUUGUUAAAGCCUGCAUCACUACUCGUACUCAUUAUGUUGAUAUUACUGGUGAACCACAGUUUAUAGAGAAUAUGCAAUUACUGUAUAAUAAAAUGGCACAAGAAGCUGGUGUUUACAUAGUGCCUGCUUGUGGUUGGGAGAGUGUUCCAUCUGAAAUGGGAAUCAUUUUUAUACAAAAAAAAUUUGGAGGAGAAGUUAAUAGUAUAGAAAUAUAUGCACAAGCUUAUGCUGAAGCAAAAAACAAAAGUCCCUUGGUAAAUUAUGGAACUUGGGAGUCUCUGGUAUAUAGUAUAACUCAUUGGAAUGAGCUAAAAAACUUACGUGCAAAAUUGUAUCCUGACAAAUUGCCAGAGUUCACACCAAAGUUGAAAUCCAAAGGUAUCAUACAUAAAAGUGAUGUUACCAAUAGUUGGUCAUUAAUAUGUCCGACCUCUGAUCGUUCCUUAGCCAUACAAACACAGCGAUUUUUAUACAAUAAAUACAAGCAAAGGCCUGCACAAAUUCGUAGUUACUUAUCAAUCGACUCUCUCUUUGUUAUUAUUGGAUUAAUUUUUAUUGGUGCAAUCUUAACCAUAAUGACUCGUAUGGCAUUCACUCGUAAACUGCUUUUAAGAUAUCCAACUUUAUUUUCCUGUGGCAUCGUGGGACGCGAAGGCCCCACGCGCAAAUUAUUGGAACAUCAGCGCUGCUUUAUAACAUUUAAAGCUGUCGGGUGGAGCGAAAAAUUGUCUGAGCCUACUGACAAACACACAGAACCACCUAACAAGGAACUGAUUGUAAAAAUGAAUAGUGGAUCGGCAUACGAUGCAACUUGUAUCGCAGUGAUCUUAUCAGCGAUCAUGAUUCUUAAAGAAGCUGACAAAUUUCCUAAUAAUGGCGGAGUGCUUUCUCCUGGUGCUGCAUUCAGGAACACAUCUCUGAUCGAAGAAAUGGAUAAAAACAACAUCAAAUACAAGGUGAUAAAGUCUACCGAGAAAUAAAAAUUAUAUGCAGGUUUCUGCAUAUAAUCCUCGCUGGAUAUUUCUAUACCAAAUAUGAUGCAAUUUUUUAACACGUUUGUGUUUGAUUUUAAUACUAAUAUUUGUGAGUGAUGGUUUGCUUUAUACAUUUAUAGUUUACGAUAUAUACGAGAAAAUUAUUUAUAAUACGUAUACAUA